CGCCUGCUUCUCUUCCAAGCAAAGGCACACGCUCAAGACACAGACACACACACGGUGGCGGUUUUGAUCAAAAUUCACACAGAUUCUUAUUUGCAUUGGGAAGAGAGACAAGAGGGAGGGAGAGAGAGCGAGAGAGAGGGAGAAAAAGAGCGAGAGGAGAGACAGUACACAUGGAUGUGCAGAAGAGCACUGCAAUAAUAAUCUGGAUUAAUUUCACAGCCAGUGCGCGGAAUUUGUGGACAUAAUGGGGAAUACCACACCCAAACCAUUAAUAGAUGCGACUCUGCAAACCCGUCCAGUGGCAAACAGGCAGUACUACACCUUGCCCAACAAUGUGACCGCACAUGAGAGAAGGUCGGCGCAUCCAGUUAGCGUCAGUAUGGAGUCCCCCCGCUUUCACCCCCACGCCAAAGGCAAGAACAUCCGGCUGGAUGGGCAGCUUCGCCGUGCCACUCGCAAGAACAGCUUCUGCAAUGGAAUCACCUUCAGUCACAGGCCCGUCCAUCUCUACGAGAAGGUGAGGCUUCGUCUCACCGGUGUGCACACCGGCUGGAGCGGAGCGCUACGCUUUGGCUUCACCAGCCUAGACCCCAGCGACCUGAUCAUAUCCGACAUCCCCAAGUACGCUUGUCCAGAUUUGGUGACACGGCCCGGUUACUGGGCCAAGGCGCUGCCAGAGAGACUUGCCCUGAAGGACAGCGUGCUGGCCUUCUGGGCCGAUCGUCACGGGAGGGUUUUCUACAGCAUCAACGAUGGCGAGCCAAUCCUCUUCCACUGCGGCCUCAGCAUUGGCUGCCCGCUCUGGGCCAUCAUCGAUAUUUACGGCAUCACUCAGGAGGUCACGCUGCUGGAAAGCACGUUUGCCGAGAGCGUUAGAUCGAGCUGCCUGAGCGCGGCCCGCCUGAGUGCCUAUCUGCCCCAGAGCAGCCACGACUCUGCCAAUUACAGCAACAAUCAACUGGAGAACAACCAGGCCGCCGCCGCCAAGAUGGCCAACAUCCAGCUCCAUACUUACACUCAGUUCAUCCCUUGGUGUUCGUCCAACUCAUCCUCCACCAAGCCAGCCUCAUCUGCCUCCAGCGGAUUGUCCCGAGUGGUCCGCAGCCUCCCCUCCUCGCUGGACGGCGACCUGCACUUUCACCCCAUCCGCGGUUCCGACAUCAUACUGUCCGCGGACCGCUCGGCCGCCUGUAUUCACUUUCUGGACAGCAGUCGGACUCUUGUGUUCAGCGAUCGGCCGCUACACCAAGGAGAAACUUUAUACGUAGAGGUUGGCCAUCUGGGUCUGCCUUACUUCGGGGCGCUCUUGUUUGGUUUGACGUCCUGUGACCCGGCCAGCCUGCACGCCGGUGACCUGCCGGCCGACCCCGAGGUUCUGCUGGACCGCAAGGAGUACUGGGUGGUGCAUCGCGGCUUUCCCAUGCCGUGCUCCGGGGACGUACUCAGCUUUAGCCUGCUGCCCAGCGGAGAGGUGCAUCACGGGGUGAACGGAGUGGGACGCGGCAGGCUGCUUUGUGUGGACUCUUCUCAGGUGCUGUGGGCCUUCUUCGCCUUGCAUGGGGCUGUCAACAGACUCAGGAUACUCGGAACGCAGCAGCCAAGCCCUGCCUCCACAUCUCCCGGCACCUCCCACAGCAGCAGUCCAGACGACAGCGAUUCAGAUCUGGCCUUUAGUGUCAACAGAUCCUCCUCUGCGUCUGAAUCCUCUCUGGUGACUGCUCCCAGCUCACCUCUCAGUCCUCCCGUCUCUCCUGGCCUGGCCGGCUUAGAGUGGCCCUCUUGUGAAAAGAACGGGGAAUGCACCAUUUGCUUCGACCAAGAAGUGGACACGGUCAUCUAUACGUGCGGCCACAUGUGCCUGUGCAACGACUGCGGACUGAAGCUCAAGAGGCAGAUCAACGCCUGCUGCCCAAUUUGCAGGAGGCCCAUCAAAGACGUGAUCAAAACAUAUCGGCCGUGAUGACUGGGGCUCUCAUUCUCUCAGGCCUGGUUGGACGCCAACUGCAGAUUAGCCAUAAGAGGACAUCAUUGUGCCAAUGGGAUUUUGUAUGUUAAUCAUCUCUCGAGAUAAACCAAGCUUCACUGUCUAAUCUUAACCAGACUGCAUAUAUGAGCGCCGGUAUUUUUGGUAAAGAAUGAUGCGAUGUAUUAUAUCCUGAUGUUUAAUCAUCAGUUUGCUUUCUAAUGUUGCUACAUGUAUUCAUAAUACAGUAAAUGUCUAUUGUUGCAGAUAUUUAAGGCUUUAGUUGGAAAACGUGGAUAAGAGUUUUAGUGCCUUAGAUUAUUAUUUUGUCUCAGUUUUGUUUUAAUUGACAAUCCAGGCCAUAUUUUUGAAUGUUUCUGAUGGAAAGUGCUGAUUUAAAGGCACCCCAGAAUGUGUAAGCAGUAUGUGGACGGUAAAUGAAGUCAUGUUUGGAGAGGUUGUUGUAAAUGAAGAGUCUGCUUUUUCACAUUGAGAGAAAAAUAAAAGUGAGGUAAUAGAUGUAAA